AUGGGAAGGCUAAAUAUUCAUGACGAUUUUUUGAUAAAUGAAAAGGAAUUUGAAAGGGAAAAUCUAGAUUUUGGCAAAGAUUCAGCUUUGAUCAGCUGACAUCAAGAUCAAACUCUAUUAGUUAUAUCCAAUCCUGAAGCAAACACAAUUAAGAAGAUUCAAAUUCAGAUGCCAGAACCUCUAACCUUCACAUAUAAAAAUAUAUAUUUUUAUUUUUAUUAACCAACUAUAAAUUUUUAUAAAAUAAAUAUUUUAGGAAGAGAUUUUAUAAACGAAUAAGUUAAGCAAAUGCACAUGUGUUAUUCAAAUGCCAAAUUAUUGACUAUUUUGUUAUGGAAAUAUUGAUCCUUUUACUGGGAUUGCAUGCAUGAUCUCUACUAAAGAUCUUACUUACAAAAUUCUUCCCUCUUGAAAACCAUGCUGCUGUUCUGGAGGGACUUAUUAUCUUGAAUCAGUCUAUAUCUUUGGAGGUUUUAAAGGUCCCUCUAUGGAUUUGGCAAUGAAGUUUGAUAUAGCUAAAAGUGAAUGAAAAUCGUUAUCAGCGCUUCCAAAACCGUCGAUAAAGUGCUCUUGUGCAGUAUUUUUUAGAAAUAUUUUGAUUAGCGGUAAUGAUCAUAACUGCUUAUAUGUAUAUGACACAGAUAUUGACAGCUAUUCAGUAUCUGAGGUAAAGGUAAAUGCUUAUAAAAAUAAAUAUUUAUUUUCUGGAAAUCAGAGGGCUUAUAUAAUGCAAACAUCUGGAGACAUUUAUGAAAGUGACUUAAAGAAUCCCUAUUUUUGAAAAUCAAUUGGAAGAUGUGAAUUAUAUGGUUACUAUCAAAUGGGGAAAAUAGCCUACGAUAAUUCAUUCUAUUUUGGCGCUAUAUGCUCCUCUGAUGAUACUUUCUAUUUUUAUUUUGUUUUUGAUUUAAUUAAGAAGAAAGUAACCCAAAAAAAAUACUUUAGAUAA